UGCGCUGUCUGAUGUCUAUACGAGAGAGCGGGGAGGGGGAACAGUGCCCCGAGACUCGUCACAUCCGGGAAGCUGUGUUCCCGGGACUGCGCUGUGAGUGCGGCUGAGCGUUGUGCCGGGAGCCAGGGGCUGCAGGUACGGUCAGGGAGAGCCUUGCUGUGCGAUGGCGGCAGGUUCUCUUUCACCCUUCACCAUGGGCGAGCCCCAGCAAGUGAGUGCUCUUCCUCUACCUCCGUUGCAGUACAUCAAAGAAUAUACAGAUGAAAAUGUCCGCAAGGGUCUGGUCCUUAAGCCACCAACCCCCAUUAAGGACAGCUACAUGAUGUUCGGAAACCAGUUUCAGUGUGAUGAGCUGAUCAUCCGCCCCUUGGAGAGCCAGGGCAUCGAGCGGCUCCACCCACAGCAGUUUGACCACAAAAAGGAGUUGAGGAAACUUAACAUGUCCAUCCUCAUCAACUUCUUGGACCUGCUGGACAUUUUGAUACGAAGCCCUGGCAAUAUACGGCGGGAGGAGAAACUGGAGGACCUGAAGCUACUGUUCGUUCACAUGCACCACCUUAUUAAUGAGUACCGGCCCCACCAAGCCCGCGAGACCCUACGAGUGAUGAUGGAAGUGCAGAAACGUCAACGUCUGGAGACUGCAGAGAGGUUUCAGAAACACCUUGAGAGAGUGGUGGAGAUGAUACAGAACUGCCUGGCUUCAUUGCCGGAUGACCUACCUAUGACUGACGGUGGCGUCACCAUUAAAACUGAACCUAUGGAGAUGCAGGAUGCCAGUUUAGACCAGCAGGACAUUCCUCCGGAGGAAGCUGCCUCUGUACAAGAGCCCACCGCAGAUAAGGAUGCCGCCAUGUGUGUUCUCAUUGAUGAAAUGACAUAGGUGACGUUUCAAGCACUUUCAUGUGAUGAUUUAUGUAUGUUAUGUUGUUCUGUCACAUACUCUGCCUUAUGGGCCCGGCACCAUCGCUCUGUCAUGGACCUAUUGAUGAGAGUUUGACAGGCAUGCAAAAGCAGUACGGACACAAUUGUAUUUAUGGAACUGCUGUGCUGAAUUAAAUAGACUUUCUCAGGAAUUUAUCACACGUGGAGUUGAAAUAUUCCAUUUGCAUCCUAAAUCCUUCCCAAUAAGUGUUAAACCCCCCCUCCCCCUUCCCACCAUUUCCUCAAGCUUUGUGUAAACUUUUUUUUUUUAUGCACCUAGUGAGUGUUUUGUUGCCUAAUAAGGUGGUCAAAGUUCUUCAGUUUUCUUUCCUUGAGUAAAGAUUACAUUCUGUAAAA